GGGCGCCUGGGAACGCCAUUUUCACGCACCGCGCAGUCAGUCAGUCAUCCAGCCAAUGGACCUAUGCAGUGGACUAGCGAGCUGUCAUCUUCUCGGGCGACUAGUCAACUUUUCAUUUAGCCCCAUGAAGCCCCUACGAAGUUAGCUUUUCGGACUUUUUUCCUGCCAUGGAACCAAAGGAAAGCAGGCUUUUCUUGAAUGGCUCUGAGUAAAGCCAGUGUUUUGACACUUAGGUGGCUAGCUAUGUAGCUAGCUAGCUGGACAUCAUAAACGGCGGUUGAUGCAGUGAAGCCCAGCGUCAGUCGGCAGAACAUAUUCCAGCCGGACACAGUUUGGAAAUAGUGUUUUAUAACUUACAUAUAUAUAUUUUUACAUUUAUUGGCAAGGGUUGUCUGCAAAGCAACAACACUGCCAUUAAAAAAAACGGGAUUUAAACGGUAAAAAGGCGAGGAAAACGGACGUUACGGUGAAGCUAAAUUGGCAACGGAUGUUCCAGAGAACGGAUGCGUGAGGACAUGUCCACCAUGGUGUGUGUGAAGGAGGAGGAGGACCCUGGGGAGAAGCUGUCCCAGGAUGAGAUCAUCUCCCGGACCAAGCAGGUGAUCCAGGGGUUGGAGGCUCUGAAGCAGGAGCACCACUCCAUCCUGGGGGGCCUGCUGGGCACGCUGCGCUGCCUGAAGCAGGAGGAGGAGGGCGUCCUGGUGGAGGAGAAGUCCCACAUGAUCCGCAAGUCCCUGGAAAUGCUGGAGCUCGGGCUGAGUGAGGCACAGGUGAUGAUGGCGUUGUCGAGCCACCUGGCCUCGGUGGAGUCGGAGAAGCAGAAGCUCCGGGCCCAGGUCCGACGGCUCUGCCAGGAGAACCAGUGGCUGAGGGACGAGCUGGCCGGGACGCAGCAGAAACUGCAGAAGAGCGAGCAGAGCGUCGCCCAGCUGGAGGAGGAGAAGAAGCACCUGGAGUUCAUGAACCAGCUGAAGAAGUACGACGAGGACUUGUCCCCAUCUGAGGAUAAGGACUCUGAUUCCAGUAAAGAGACUCUCGACGAUCUCUUCCCAGAUGACCAGGAUGACCAAGCCCCAGGCAUCCAGCCGACACAUGGCAGCGCCGCGGCGGCUGCUGCCCAGCAGGGAGGCUAUGAGAUCCCAGCCCGUCUGAGGACUCUCCACAACCUGGUGAUCCAGUAUGCGUCCCAGGGCAGGUACGAGGUGGCUGUGCCCCUCUGCAAACAGGCCCUUGAAGACCUGGAGAAGACCUCUGGACACGACCACCCAGACGUGGCCACCAUGCUUAAUAUUCUAGCCCUUGUUUACAGGGAUCAGAACAAAUAUAAGGAGGCAGCCAACCUGCUGAAUGAUGCUCUGGCCAUCAGGGAGAAGACUCUAGGCAGGGACCACCCAGCUGUUGCUGCCACCCUCAAUAACCUGGCCGUCCUGUAUGGGAAGAGAGGAAAGUACAAAGAAGCAGAGCCACUGUGCAAGAGAGCGCUGGAGAUCAGAGAAAAGGUGCUGGGGAAGGACCACCCAGAUGUGGCCAAGCAGCUGAACAACCUGGCCCUACUGUGCCAGAACCAGGGCAAGUACGACGAGGUGGAAUACUACUACAUGAGAGCGCUGGACAUCUACCAAACCAAACUGGGCCCUGAUGACGCCAACGUAGCCAAGACCAAGAACAACCUGGCGUCCUGUUACCUGAAGCAGGGCAAGUUCAAGCAGGCUGAAACUCUGUAUAAAGAGAUCCUCACCCGCGCUCACGAGAGGGAGUUUGGCUCUGUCGAUGAUGAGAACAAACCAAUAUGGAUGCAUGCUGAGGAGAGAGAAGAACAGAGCAAGGGAAAGCAGAAGGAUGGCUCACCAUUUGGAGAAUAUGGAGGCUGGUACAAAGCCUGCAAAGUUGACAGCCCCACAGUGACCACCACCCUGAAGAACCUUGGUGCCCUCUACAGGCGCCAGGGCAAGUUUGAGGCGGCCGAGACUCUCGAGGAGGCUGCCAUGCGUUCCAGAAAGCAGGGUCUGGACACAGUGCAUAAGCAGCGCGUGGCAGAGGUCCUGAGCGAGCCGGAGGCCCGUGAGAAGCAGCGAAGCCGCGAGAGCUUGACCUCUGACACGGUGAAGUACGAAAGCGGGCCGGACGGUGGCGAGGAAGUGAGUAUGAGCGUCGAGUGGAACGGGGCAUAACUCCAGAUGCCUUGUAAUGGUUCUAAAAAACUUGUCUUCUGCAUGACGGACGCCUCACUUCGCCUCAGCCCCUUCAGCUUCGCAGUUUUCUUCAACUAUGAACCCUCUCUCUCUCUCUCUCUCUCUCUUUGUGCUGGGUUUUGGGAGGAAACUGUGGUGACAGCUUGUGUAUCUAAAUCAAAACCCCUGCUUCCUACUCGUCUCUGAAGCUCUGUGCUCGACUGUGUGUAUCUGCGGUGGGUGGGAGAGGACGGGGCUGAUGUUUCUUUAUGACAACAUUAAACUCUUUAUCAAGUUGUUUCUGGUGCCAUUUAACAUUAGCCUCUGCUUCUCUACUUCCUCUCUGGUGUCCUCUAACUGUACUUAAAACUUGUCCUCUCAGCUAUCCUUCAAACCAUAACUCUCUCUAUUUUGACCUGGACUCUGAACUUUCCAAAUCCCACCCAAAAACAACAAUUCUGACCCAGAACAACACCUGUUGCUUCAUUUCAAAGUGAUUUGCUUCCUUAGAGCUUAAAAGAAAUGGUAGAAAAAGCUGAUUGGUCGCUCCAAAAAUACACUUACCACUCAACCUUUGUCAUACACAUUCCAGGUAUAAAAUGGCCAGAAUUGAACACUUCAUCCACCCACCUUGCUGUCUCUCUUCCUAUAGAGGGUAGAAGCUUCUCUCGUGCAUUCAGUUUGAUUUAGCAUUCACACCUAAUCGUCAUUAGUGGUACCCCAAAGCGCAUGGUGAUUCUUAACAUGCUGUAAAUAACAGCGUAACUCGUCAGCAUGAUCGAGAAGCAUCCUGGCUUGUGGCUUUAUUAGAGUUUAGUCAUUAGUUCUGCACUCUGUGUCAUCUGGUGGCAAAAUUAGAAAGAUAUUAACUAAUGUUGAGAUGUUGUGAUGUCACAGAGAGGACACGUCAAACGUAAUAGGAUGAAUGCACAAUGUGUUCUUACUCUGACAUAAUAGUUUAUCUGAUAAAGUUCUGACGUUUUCAAGUAAAUGUCAAAGUUGAAAGGUAAAAGAAGUAAACAUGGUGCAUCCAGCCUGUUACCUUCUGUAUAUCUCUGUAUAUAGAUGUCAGGAUGGGUGGAGGUGUUGUGGGUAAACAAGCAAUGUUGCAUUUGUUGGAAAUUUGGGAUUUGAAAUAGUCUCCCCAUCUCUGUUGUCGGCUCCUUGCUAAUGAUCUUUCUGUGUGUCCCUCCUGUCCUGUUUCUGCAUCUUUCUUAACUUCUAAUAAAACCUAAACUCUUUGCUCACCUGAAA